UGAAGGCAGGAAGGCUUAUCAGGAGUUACAGAGAUGAAGACAUUGAAUCCAAUCCUCAUCCUUAAUCCAAGAAAGGAGUCUUCCCAAAGUCUUCUCCCUGGGAUGGACGACUGGUUCAUCUGCAACUCAUUGAAUUCCAGCAUCUGCAGCUUCUUGAUUUUCAAUACUUUUUUCUCCAUGAAUUUCUGCCUGCAAGAAUAUUCCAGUGUGGUUUGCUGAUAUCACCAGGGAAUCUCACUGACUGAUGUGUGGCAGUAGCAGAUGACCAGCUCCAUGCACCUCAUACAGUUGGGCAUCAAUCAGAGCAUUUCUUCAAGUUUAAUUUGCCGAGGCUCAAGAACUCCUGUGUGUCAGCGAUUCUUCCAUGUAUGCAACAGCAGGGUCAGAUAUCAGGGUGGAUACAUCACUGAGGAUAAUUGCAGCCUUUGUAGCUGGACAGAAAGAAGUCCAGCUACUUCAGGAUACAAGGGUGUAUCGGCCUGUUGGGCAGAAAAAAAUCACUUCUAUUCGGCGCUCAUCAUGAACUUUACCCCAGCCAACAUUCCAGUCCUGAUGAUCUUCCUUAUGAUAGCCGGGGGCUCAGCUGGCGGGAGCCUUCCCAAAGCUCCGCAGAUCGGCAGCCCUUUGGAGACCGUGGAUGCGCUGGUUGAGGAAGAAGCCUCUUUCCUGUGUGCAGUGGAUUCAUAUCCGGCAGCCGAGAUAACUUGGACCCGUAAUAAUAUUCCCAUAAGACCCUUUGACAUCCGCUACAGUACAAAAGAGAAUGGGCAGAUACUAACCAUCCUCAGCGUUGAAGAUACAGAUAAUGGAGUGUACUGCUGCACUGCUAACAACGGCAUAGGGAGUUCAGCUCAAAGCUGUGGUGCCCUCCAGGUGAAAAUGAAGCCAAAAAUUAUUAGGCCACCCACUGAUGUCAGAGCUUUGCUGGGAUCAAAGGUCGUGUUACCUUGCAGUACCAUGGGGAAUCCAAAACCGACCAUUUCAUGGAUCAAAGAUGAAAAUUCACUGAAGAAGGACCAGCCUCGAACUUCUGUGCUUGAGUCUGGGAACUUAAGAAUUCGUAGUGUUCAGCUAGAAGAUGCAGGAAAGUAUCGGUGUUUGGCAAGAAACAGCCUGGGCUUCGAGUAUUCCAGAUCUGUGACUCUGGAAGUACAAGAUUUUAAUAUGACAAAUGCAACUGAAAGAGUCCCUGCAAGAAUUGUAAAGGCGCCCACAUCACAAAAUGUCAGCUUUGGUUCCGAAGUGACUCUGCAGUGCAAAGCUACCGGGUUUCCAAUUCCCACCAUCAGGUGGUUGGAGAACGGGAGAGCAGUCCCCAAGGGGUCAAUGCAGAAUCGUAUCAAGGGAGAGAUGAUGGAGUCCAGGCUGCGAGUUUACGUUACUAGACCUUCGCUGUUCACUUGCUUGACCACCAACAAACACAGUGAAGGAAGUAUCACAGCAAAAGCCACUGCUACUGUGGAUAUCAUAGAAUGGAGACUGUACAAAGGUGACCUGGGCUAUUGCAGCACAUACCGUGGUGAGGUAUGCCAAGGUCUCCUGGGGAAAGGCAAGCUGGUUUUCUUCAACUCUUCUUACGCAGAUGCCGAGGGUACUCAAGAGAUGAUGGCCAGGAGCAUGUGGACAGAGUUGGACGGAGUGAGCUUGCUGUGCAAACCAGCUGCUGAGUCACUGCUCUGCCAUUUCAUUUACCAGGACUGUAAUCCUUCAGGAGUCGGACCUACUCCCAAACCUGUAUGCCGUGAGCACUGCCUGGCAGUGAAAGAGCUUUAUUGUUACAAGGAAUGGCUCUCAAUGGAGGACAUCUCACGCAAAGGAGUUUACCCUGCAGGACUGAGUCUGCCUGACUGCCUGAAGCUUCCCAGCAUACACCACGACCCAAAAGCUUGCAGCAGGGUUUCCUUCCUUGACAUGAAGAAAGGACUCAUUACCAGGAUGUGCUACAGUAAUAAUGGAAGGUUUUACCAGGGUUCGGUGAAUGUCACAGCAUCAGGCAUACCCUGUCAGAAGUGGGGCGAGCAGAUUCCCCAUUUCCAUAGGAGGCUGCCAGAGGUAUUUCCUGAACUAACAAAUUCUGACAACUUUUGCCGUAACCCGGGAGGCGAGAGUGAACGACCUUGGUGCUAUACCAUGAAUCGAGACAUCCGGUGGGAAUUUUGCAACGUGCCUCUAUGUGUGAAUGUAACCUCAGCAUCAGGAGCAAACCCUAAAGCAGAUACAGCAAAUAUGCCCAUCACCUCUGCCACCUACUCCAUGACCAUCAUCAUUUCCAUCAUCUCGAGCCUUGCAGCCUCCAUCCUGUUAAUAAUUACAAUUCUUGCUUGCCACCGGCGCCAGAAGGAAUGGCAAACUAGAAAGAGUUACAGAGGAAAUGAGACCCCAACUCUUGCAGCUCUUCCUUCAGAGCUGCUUCUGGACAGACUUCACCCCAACCCAAUGUAUCAGCGUCUGCCUCUUCUUCUCAAUGCUAAGCUGCUGAGCCUCGAAUACCCCAGGAAUAACAUAGAAUAUGUGCGGGAUAUUGGAGAAGGAGCCUUCGGAAGAGUGUUCCAGGCAAGAGCCCCUCAUCUGCUGCAGCACGAGUCCUCCACCAUGGUGGCUGUGAAGAUGCUGAAAGAAGAAGCGUCACCCGACAUGCAAGCAGACUUCCAGAGAGAAGCAACCCUCAUGGCAGAAUUCGACCAUCCAAACAUCGUCAAGCUAUUAGGAGUGUGUGCCAUUGGAAAGCCGAUGUGCCUGCUCUUUGAGUACAUGGCAUACGGUGACCUGAACGAGUACCUGCGCAGGCGGUCACCCAGCAGCGGCCUCACCAUCAACCGCAGCAGCUGUACUGAGGGCCCGGGCGGACACCUGGCACCCCUCAGCUGCGCCGACCAGCUGAACAUCGCCAAGCAGAUCUCAGCUGGCAUGAGCUACCUGUCAGAGCGCAAGUUUGUCCACCGGGACCUGGCCACCCGGAACUGCCUGGUCGGAGAGAAUCUGGUGGUGAAGAUUGCUGACUUUGGCCUCUCCAGGAACAUCUACUCUGCCGACUACUACAAGGCCAACGAGAAUGAUGCCAUCCCCAUCAGGUGGAUGCCUCCUGAGUCCAUAUUCUUCAACCGCUACACCACAGAAUCUGACGUCUGGGCUUACGGCGUGGUCCUUUGGGAAAUCUUCUCAUCCGGCAUGCAGCCCUACUACGGGAUGGCCCACGAGGAGGUGAUCUACUACGUCCGAGACGGCAACAUCCUGUCCUGCCCCGAGAACUGCCCGCCGGAGCUGUACAACCUGAUGCGCCUCUGCUGGAGCCACAUGCCCUCAGACAGGCCGAGUUUCGCCAGCAUCCACCGCAUUCUGAAGCGUAUGCAUGAGAGGAUGGCGGCCGCACUCCCGGUCUGACUCACCUCUGGCCUCCGUACCAGUGUACCCUGCGAGAUUGAUGAGCGUUGUAGCAGCUGCCCUGAUGGCCUAACCGUGUCUAACUUUGGACAGCGAGAGCACAUGCCAUGCAAACCAGACUCUUAGAUACUCUGACCCCAAAAUCUCCAUUUCACCAGCUGGGGCCUUGCCCUGUAGAACCAAGGCACUCGAGUUCGAGCUGAAUUUUACAGAUACUUCCCUCCUAAUAUCUGUCCAGAACAUGUUUUGCAAUUAUUAUAGGACUUUCAAUAAGUUAUCUAUGAUGACAUUUUAUAAAGGGCUUCAAUAAAGAAGAAAAAGGGAACUAUCUCCAAUAACGGGAUGCUCAGUAAUUGAAAGAUCCUAACUUAUAAUAUUUGGCAAAAGUUUAGGGGCAAAAACUGAGAUUUUGUUUUGGCAGCAGAUUGUUCCAACCAUGAUGAAAGGGACUUAAUGAGAAUUAGAAAUGUGCCAGACAGGAUAUCACAUGGGUUGUGACAACGGAGAAGGCAGUGAGUUCUUUCAAAGGCAUCACAGCCACUAUGGGCUGAAUGGUCUGUAUUGUCAGAUUCUGUUACCUAGGUUGAAUUUAUCAACUUUGAAAUUAUUAACCACAGAUUCAACAUUAAAAGAUUAGUAUUACUUUUUAUUUAAAAAUAAAUAUUAGAAGAAAAGGUAUUUGUGCAGGUGAAUUUCCGCUGGAAAACUUUGGCUAGUUUUCAGAGAGAGAAUUGCCCCAGUAUAGAAUUGAACUGUUAAACUAGUGUUAAAUGUUUAAGCACUUGCUCACAUUUCAGAAAGAACAGGCCAAAUUAUAAAUGGACAGGAAAAACCUAGCAAAGUGUUUCUAGUCCCUGUGAUGUUGUCCAAAGAAUAAUGGGUAAUGAGGGAUUGUAUUGAACACUUCAAUCAGACCCAAGUAUCAGGGAGUUGAAGAGCAAAGCCAUUUUAGUCCAGGCUAUUGAACAAAGUAUAGUUUUGUUAAUUCGCUGUUACCCUUACACAGGAUGUGGCCAGCAUUUAGUGCCCACCUUUAGUGCCUUACCUUUGAACUAGCCAGCUGCUAAAAGUCAGCUGCAUUGAUGUUGGUCUGGAGUUAAGUAUUCACCAGACUAGAAUUUCAUUCCCAAAGAAGGGGGCCACAAGUAAUCAUUUAUUUUGUUUAGAGAUACAGCACAGUAGUAGGCCCUUUGGGCCCACUGAGCCCACACCACCCCCUUACACCCAUGUGACCAUGGACCCUCAUCUUUGGACUGUGGGAGGAAACCGGAGCACCUGGAGAAAACCGAAGGAAUCACAGACUCCUUACGGACAGCGGCAGGAAUCUUUCAGAUUUUGUGAUCUAAAAGUUACCACUAGUGAAAUUAGAUUUGUAAUAAUGAAUGGAAGUUAAAGUUCCCAGAGUAGAAUUUGAACUCCUGCACCAAUACUCCAGGUCACCUGUGUGAAGGCACCAUUUUGCCACCUGUUUCCCAGAGAGAUAGCUUUUUAUCAGAUUUCCAUUGCUUCAGGUCCUCUGGAGCCACUUAUGACUUAGAGAUAGCAGUCAGAUUGAGUGAUGGGUCACUUGACUGCCUGAGGGUCCCCAAGACUGGACCUCUACAUCAUUAAUAAGAGGUUUUUAUAUAGGAGGAAUAGGCAGACAACACAGCAGCUCACCUUCUCUACAACAGCAGUGUGUUUAAGAAAAUGGAAUUAAAUCAUAUGGAAAUCAUUUGCCUUAUUUUCAACAAUAAGGUGCUGUGGACACAAAAGGGAACCGUGGCUUGCAGAGCAUCUGGGAAAAAGAGCCUCUACAACUUAACCGUUGCCAUUGAUUCCACUUGUGAAUAGCUGCAUUUAUUUGUGCCGAGACAGAGUGGAGCAAUGAGCGUGAAAGCUCGGCUUGCACCAGGAUUCCGUGGGCACGUAGGGUAAACGUGCAGACACUCUCUGGAGAUUGUGUAGCUGGUGACAGAGGAAGAAGCCCUACUCCAGGCCGAUCGGCAGCCUCUGUGCGAAACAAGCUCUGUAAAAUGAGAGCGUUAUCCAUUGUGCGAUGAACUUUCAACAUUCGCUGCUGAGUGCUGUGCACCGAGUGUGAAACGUACGUUGGUUUAUUACUAUAAAUGUACUGAGCUACACGCUGUCCAUUCAGGCCAGCUCAUGACAUCAGUACGUUGAGACAGCACAAGAGAAAGGCAAUGGCAGCUUGGAAUUUAGAUGUAAAAGAGUAAAGCGAUUAUAAUAGGAGUAGAUCUGCGGAAAGCAGCCUGAUGCACCGCAUAUCUUCGAGAUUGCCUGUAGCAGGUUACUUCAUUUAAAGCGACGCAGCAUAGUUCUCCAGUGUGUCGAUUUCUGAUUUACAGAGGUAGUUUGCUAAAGAGUAUAUGGUUCCCUGAUUUUGUUGCUCCAAGUGGUUGGAUCAAUUUUACAUAGAGAAUUGGUACUAUGUAACAAUCCUCCGUUUAUGGCACUUUGCUCUAAAAAUAAGCCGGCUUUUAAAGGAAGAUGCUGUUUCAGUCUCUAUCAGAAGUUCUGUGCCCUGACUCUGUGGAAUUCUGGAAUUGGUUUAUUAUUGUCACAUACACCGAGGUGGAGUGAGAAAUGUGUCUUGCGCGCUGCGAUACGGAUCAAUUCAUUGCAUUGAGGCAGUACAAUGCAAAGCAAUAAUAGAAUGCAAGGUAAAGUGUAGCAACUUCAGAAAGAGCCAUCACUAUUUCGUAGGAAACCAAACAAUCAAUCCAUGUGUGGGAAAUUCUCAGAAGGAGAACAUACUAAUGGCCAGUCCAUUUCUUUUUUUCAGUGAUGUUGUUUGACAGGUAAUUAAGGAAGUAUCCCUGUCAUACUUCUUUGGAAUAACGAUUUUGGGAUCUGUUACGUCCAUCUAAGUGCUUUUGGUUUAACAUUUCCAAAAAAGCAACACCUCCUCAGUGCUGCAACAAAGUGUCUUCUUAGCUUUCUGUGCUCGAGUAGAACUUAAAAAUACCACCUUCCAAGUGAGAGAUGGAAGUGCUGUUGUACAAUGUUGUUCUCCAUACCCAACUACGUGCUGGCUUAGGCAAUUCAGCCGUGUAGGCUAGAAAUCUAAAGAGGACAGAAAAGUAUUUCUCUGAGAGGGGAUAGAUUCACAAGUCCUGAUGCAAGGUUUCAAUCUAGAUUGUCAACAACUCCCUUCCUCCCAUGAAUGCUGAGUUCUUCCAGCAGCUUGCUUGUUCCUCCAUACCGAAUGAUGGAGCUGACUUGUGGGUUAUCCUGCUUCUCACUACCACGUCCUUCUGAGAAUACAUAGCAUGCUGAUUCAGCAGUGACAGAUCUGAGUUAUGGAGUGCUUCACGCACCUCACUACAAUUUAAAUACGUGCAAGAGUAAAGACCGUCUGCUCUACACUACUAAUGGCUAUGCUUCAGACACAUUGCAAGGAAGUAAAUUCCCUUUGCAGAACAGGAGGUAGACAACUGAAUUAGGUUACUCAGUCUCAAGCCAAGUACAGCAAAUUCCUUAACAUAAACCAAAUCUACUUCACAGAAGUGUGGCUGCAUGUAGGAUGAGGAGGAGAGCAGGGUAGCACAGUUCUCUCAGUCUGCAAAGUGGGGAGAGUAUGGAUAUUAGACUAAGCCCUCUGCACAUUUCACCUGUUUCUAAAGGCUACAUUUUCGGCAGAUUUUGCUGCCGCCUCUCCAGGUUUAAAUACACGCUUCCUCUUCUAUUUAGAGCCAGUUUCAACACAAACCAUUGGUCAUUUUGGACUGAGAUAAGAACAGAUUCUUCACUCGUUGGCUCAGAUUUUACAGGGAUGUACCAGCCAAUCUGUAUGGAAUGACUGGCAAUUCUCAGCAAAAGUAUUGGCAAGCUCAGCAUUCCCAUUGCAAAUGCAGAAGGCCCAAAAGCCCAGCCAAGUUCCACCUCCUGUCUGUGUGGUGUUAAUGGUAGAGAACUUUUUAGGCAGUGGGCCACAAUCUUAGACAUUGCACCAGGCUACACCUGCUAUUUAAUCAGAAUGAGAUUUUUUCAAGUUGAAUAAAGGCAGGAAUAAGCUAUGCUUUAUUAAUGAUAUAAUAUUUUUCUUUGUUUAAAAGCAUUUCUGGUGAUUUUAUUUUUUAAAUUUAUUAUAUUAGAAAUCAAUUGGUUUAUUUUGUAAGUUUCUAAGUGUUUCUGAAUGUCAGGGGAUUGCAAGGCUUUGGGAAAUCUUAAUGACUUUGACAGGCAGCAAGCCGGGGGACAAGGCUUUGCAGUCAAGCAAUGUUUUGUGGGCAGGAUAUACUCUAACCCACAUUGCACCUGGUCCUGCUACAAUCCAAAGCCUUGCUAUUCAACUCGAGGAUUAACUCUGCCUGCAAGAUUAACUAUCCAUUUACACCUAUGUGUAAUUUAUACAUUAAUUGACAAUAAAUGUACUUUGAAACUUCGAAACCUAUAUUCAAUGUAUACUGAGAAAUUUACACUCUAGAGGACUGAUCAAUGGAAGAUGGGAGGAAGAAGUGGCGUCAUGAGUCAGAUGUGCUUUUAUCAAAAACUUGCAGGCCCAUGUGACACAUUCCUGCCUCUGGUUUUAGUCUCACUUAUUCUUUAAUUACAGUGCACUGGGUGCUUUAUUCUUACAUGAAUCUUACUGAAUUAUACAGCAGGACAUUUUACUUGGGCACUCCAAGUUGUGGCAAUUAGCUUUUCAUUAUAGUAAAUGCAACUCCUUGUUCUUCUGAUGAACACGAUAAAGAUAUGGCCAACACGUUGACCUGUAGUGUAAGGGAUUAUAGGCUCAUUCAUGAUUAAAAUUAAUUGGUGAUUUUGCAAUUGAACCACCAGUUUCAAUAUCUUCAUUUCAUACUGUAACACCACAAUACUUUGUCAAACUUUAUUUCAAUCUUUAUAGCAAAAUUGUUAACACAAAUUGGAUUUAA